UGCAGUGUUUAAUAGUGAGCUGAUGACCAGAAAUCAGCUGUGUUUGAUAAAGGAGACGUGCAGAAUGUGCAGUGUUGGGGUGUCUUCAGGACCAACGUUAGAGCAAUUGAGUCUUAUGUCCAAAGAAAAGCACGCGCGAGAGCGAGCUCGCGCGCAAGUCAAUCAUCCUUCGCCUUUUGUGAGCGUCAGAAAUUGCUCUGGUCAGUGAGCAGGCAUCCGUCAGGCUUCCCCUUCAGUGUUAACGCGCGGUAGCGUCCCUCAGACAAGGUCGUGCACUUUCGCCUUUCCCCGUGACAAACAACCAAAAAAAGUCGCGUGGAUGAGCCGCGGCAGCAGUCAUUGUGCCCCAGCCUCCCCACGAGAACGGAGACGCGGACACGGCUUGAAGUCGCAGUCAUUUAUUGUUGACAGAUAGUAGGAUGGCCGGUUCGCACGUGUUCGCUGUAACGGGCGACUUCGGGCGCGCGAUUGAAAACGACACCGCAAGCGCGCGAGAACAUCUCGCCAGGUAAACAGGGGCACGAGACCAACGAAUUCCGCGGCGAGGUUUUUGAGCGUUUCUUCGCGAGGACUGCAUUUAACCAGCCGGGUUUACGCACAGAGCGACAGAUUUCGAGCGAACAUCAACAGCACUCGCAAUAAAACGGCAUUUGUUACCGAGCAGCAUGUUAAAACCGGACGAUUUGAGUCGCGCUCUGAGGUCUCGUGAAGUCUUCAGCGGUGACGAGACGGAGGCGGAGGCGAGUCCGUUAACGGAGGACUUGGGCAGCGAUUAAGACUCUGGGACCUUCCGUCAUUUGACCGGGCAUCCUUCUCCUUAAAAUAAUCAUCACAGACUCGCGGAGCGGCAAGGCAUGAAUACUAAGGAAAAAGGAAAGAUGGACAGAAGUAGAGGAAACAGGACAAGUGCCCUCAGACAAACAACCUUUAACUCAGCCUUUAAAAAUAGAAAAUGAGUCCCGUUGGUCAAAAACUCAUGGGGUGACAGAAAUGGCUUCUCAGAGUCUGUGAGCUGUGCAGUGUGGGACGCUGUCUGCCCCGUUGUCAUCAGACGUCAUGAGCUGGAGCUUCCUGACGCGUCUGCUGGAGGAGAUCCAGCACCACUCCACGUCGGUGGGGAAACUCUGGCUCACUGCGCUAGUUGUCUUCCGCAUCGUGCUAACUGCGGUGGGAGGCGAGUCCAUAUACUACGACGAGCAGAGCAAGUUCGUCUGCAACUCGGGACAGCCAGGAUGUGAGAACGUCUGCUACGAUGCCUUCGCGCCGCUCUCGCAUGUGCGGUUCUGGGUCUUCCAGAUCAUUCUGUCCGCCAUGCCCUCUCUGCUCUAUAUGGGCUACGCGGCCAAUAAGAUCUCCCACAACGAGGAUUUGAGGGGCGGCGGGGGGGCCGGGGCUCCACCCACAGGCGACUCUGUGGGGGGCGGAUACACCCAGCGCAGGCCGAGAAAGAUGUACUUUGGUGCACGGCAGCAUCGGCCGGGACAUGAGGACGGGGAGGAGGAACGCGAAGACGACCCCAUGAUCUACGAAGUGCCUGAGAUAGACAACACACGUCGUGAGCUGGUGCCACCGCGUCCCAAACCCAAAGUGCGCCACGAUGGCCGCCGGCGGAUUCGAGACGAUGGUCUGAUGCGAGUGUAUGUGUUGCAGCUGCUGACGCGCUCCGCCCUGGAGGCGGGCUUCCUGGCGGGACAGUACUUGUUAUAUGGCUUUCGAGUGGAACCAGUCUUUGUGUGCUCAGAUAAACCCUGCCCGCACCAUGUGGACUGCUUUAUCUCACGCCCCACCGAAAAAACCAUCUUCCUUCGAAUCAUGUACGGAGUCAGUUGCCUUUGCCUGCUGCUAAACCUGUGGGAAAUGAUUCACCUGGGAGUGGGAACUAUUCGCGAUGCGCUGCGCAAACGAACCGAAUCGGCCACCGAUGAUGAGUACCAGCUUGGCCUGCUUGCGGCAGGGGGCGUGUCGGUCGGAGUGGGCGGGCCUUCUCUCAGCGAGGGGGAACCAGGAGGUGGAGUUGGGGGCGGCGUGCGAGAGGCAGACUAUGUUGGUUAUCCCUUCUCCUGGAAUACUCCCUCUGCGCCGCCGGGGUACAACAUUGUGGUGAAGCCCGAGACGAUGCCGUACACAGACCUGAGCAACGCCAAGAUGGCGUGCAAGCAGAACCGUGCCAACAUCGCCCAGGAGGAGCAGCAGCAGUACGGCUCCAAUGAGGACAACUUCCCGUCUGCAGGUGAGGCCAGACCGCCUCCCAUAAACAAAGACGUGAUACAGUUAGAGGCGGCGAUUCAAGCCUAUACCUUGCAGCACCAUGCCAGCAGUAACCACGACGAGAUGAACGACACUAAUGACAUCGAUGAGAAGCCUCAGAGCAACAUCACCACCGCACCGCAGAAGGAGCGCAAGCAGCGGCCCAAGCACGGAAAGUCCGGGAGCGCUGGGAGCAGCAGCAGCAGCAAGUCUGGAGAAGGCAAGCCAUCUGUCUGGAUCUGACUGAACAUUACACUCAGUGGUGCACACCAUCUUCCCAGUUCUGCAAGUUUUUCUUUUAGGCACAAAAUAUUCUGUGCAUCCCACAGAUUACAAUAACUGCAAACACGUGAUUCGAAAAAUGCUGUAUAUCUUUUUGAAGUGCUUUCGGGCGUGCCUUAAAGACUCUCUGUGAAUGAGAUGGGGUGGGGGGGGCUGUACUGUUUUUUUGAUCUCCCGUUGAGCUCUGAGAACAUUCCCUCAUAAUCCAGAAAAACCCAUCCGUUUUCAAAGUUGGGAACUCUGCAGCAAGUUGAGAAAGUCUUCCGAUCGGAUUCUUCCAUGAGAGCGAUAAUGCUACAAUCCGAUUCCAAACCAGCUGUCUUCCUUUUGCCAGUGUUAAACAGUAACUUUUGCAGCACGAUGCCAAGCUAUAACAAUGCAAUGAUACACACCAAUGCUGUGCUGGUACACUGUGGUCUUCAAGACCCAACAAACAGUCCUGUGAAAUAAGCUGUAAAUCUACAUUUACAAACAUACAAACACAUCCAGUGCAAAUGUUUUCACCACUGUGGUUGUUUGAGGAAGCAGUGUCUUUCAGUUUUAGAGUUUCUCUUACUUCGAGAUCUCUGUUGUAUUUCUAGCCACCAAGAUUUGGGAUAUUCCACUGAUGGAUCCACUAUCCUACUCUGUUCUUGUACUAUCCCCUACUGGUAAAGAAAGCUUUUGCAGUCUAGUCUUAUUAGCCAUAUAAAUACAUACAGGUUCCCCACGGUCCUGGAAAUAACACUGAAUUUUAAAAGUGUUAUUUCCAGACCAGAAAAAAAGAAGAAGAAGAAAUUAUUUAAAUUAAAAGAAAGGUAAAUUUAUUUAAGUGCUCAGAUUUUUUAUUACCCUUUGUGAGUCCAGUAAUUAUGAAUGAUUUUUAUAAAGAAAUUUAUCCAGUAAUUAAAUGGUGUAUAAGGGGGAAAAUUUUUAGAAAUUUAAGUCUGGAAAUCCUGUACUUUUAGAUGCAUUUUACAUUCAAAUGGACUUGUCUGAUAGUCACUGUGUUUUGUUAAAACAAAAUUGCUCUAACAAACCUGUAUUCAUGGGAACAUCCUCUGGCUCUAACAGACUUGAUAUAGCCAGUCCAAGUAGCAGGUCUAACUUGGUUCAAAUUGAGGUUGAAAGUUUAACAGUGACGCCUUUCAGGUCAAUGCAAUGUAGAUAUCUAAGGUACACGCAAACCAAUUUAUACACACUGUGUGAAGAGUCUUCCAUUCUCUCUUACUGCCACAUUCCAACUUUGUGAGACUUUUGCCUUUAUGUAGGAUGUUUCAAUUUGUGACAAUUGCCAUGGGAGACCAAAUACUGUUUGUCACAAAGACAUCGAGCUACUAUGCAGUCAUGCGGACUGAGGAAAACACGCCAUAGAACACCAUUGUGUGUGCCUGCGUGUGUGCGCUUGCGUGUAGCAGAGGACGAGGCGGCGGGGAGUGAUUGCAUGAGUGCAUGUGACUAGUAUUUGAUUAAUGAAUUAAAAAAAAAACCCUUUACAUAUCAGCAUUUCAGCAGUGUUUAUUGAUGCUGAAGAUUGUGGCAUUAGAUUUGUGGUUUCUAAGCGAGACUUGACUUGUUUGUACUUUUCAACAUCGAUUUGGUUUCUUUUUUUAUUAGCUUUUUUAAUACGCAGAACUCAAAUUCAACAGUGCCCGUAUGAUUUGAUUUAUUACAAAAUGUUUUUUUAGGAUUUUUUAGGAUUUAAUCAGCCUUUAAUCGUAGUAAAAAAAAAACGAUGUGCUGUAUUUGUUAGUCGAUCGGUGCAAAUAUGUUUCCCAGUGUGCUCAAUGAAUCCUUUUUUUCUUAGUCAUGAUCGAGUAUAAUUUUGCAUGGGAGGGAACGCAGGAAUGUUUGAGGGCAAUUUCCAAUGGAAAGCUCUAAGCGAAAAAGAAGUCCGCAAUGUAACUACUUUGACCUUUUCUAUGUGGAUGUGUGGGGGUUUCUAACAGCUGUAUAAUAGAGUGCUCCAGAUGGAGUGAGUAUAAGAGACCCCUCUGCCCCACAUCUGAGCACUACUGUGCGUGUUUGCGUUUAAUGUGUGAGCGUUCACAGAGUCGGGGUUAGCCGAGGCGAUCCUCAAGAAAAACCUCUCUCGUACUUUUGUCAGCUGUCUGAGGAAGAAACUGAAGUAGUAAGCUACUUUACUUCAGAGUUUGACACAUCGCUUUGAAAGCAAGCCUUCUCAGCAGGUCACAAUGAAGGCUGAUGGCAUUCUUACUGACGAGCGUGUGUGAAUGUGGAAGCAUGCGUUUCUAUUUAUUGCCCUUUCCUGGUUAUCAUCAAGCCACUAAUGUGUUUGAUAAGACGUUUGUUUGUCCUGACUGGUAUGUGUUUCUGUAAAUGUUGUCACUGUGUUUGAAAAACGAGGGAGAAAAAAAAUGCUUUUAAUGUGCCAAGCUGGACUGUCCAGCGAUGUACAAUUAUUUCCAAUUUUGGAGAACCCUCUCUUUGGAUUUGAAAUUGCAUGUUCAGAGCUAUUUUGUUAAUAAAAUGAGAUCAAUUUCAA